GACAAGGUGAAUGUUUUUAGUGACAGUGUAUGAUAUGGGAUAUGAAAACCUUCGACUUGUUGAGUAUAUAAACAUUACCUGACACUAGGAUACCUGUACAGUUUUAUCAACCAAUAAAUAGAUUUUGUCGUCUAGAUGAAAGAAGGCAAACAGUGUUAGUGUAAGGGACACCUAUAUCGGAUAUUCAGAUCUUUGGAUUUUUUACUACAUAUACAAAAAUUAUAUCAGACAAUUGAAAGAGUGAACUGUAUGGCCAGGUAGAAUUAGAUUUCAGGUAUGUUUUGCCUUUACCUGUGGACAGUGUUAUAGGGACACCUAUAUCGGAUUGUUAUCCAGCCCUUGUUGAAUUGUUUACUGGGUACAGAAAGUAUAUCGGACAGUUGAAAGAGAGAACUGUAUGGCCAGGUAGAAAUAGUGUUCAGAUGAUGUUAAACUGAACGGAAUGUCGAAGAUUUGAAGAACAAACAUCAACUAGGACGGAUAACCCACAAGAAAACAUGUGCACAUUUAAAAAAGAUUUAGUAACCAUGGCAAUCGACAUUUUGUUAGUUGUGUGAGAAAUCUUAACCAGUAAAUUUACUUAAAGUCAUUACGUUUCGGCUCACAAGUUGUGCGCUAAAAUCGAGAUUCAGGAUCUCCUCGAAAAUCUUUGAACAAAGCAGACACGGUUUACACUUUACAGGUUCAAGUGUGCUGUUAAUUUGUUAAGUGAUUGUCGAUUGGAUAAGAGUGUAAACAAGACAAACUCUAUCCAAGCUUUUUAUUGGUUUACUGUUAAAUCAUCAACAGUUUGUGUUUGCGAACAAAUUCAGUGUGUGAAUUUUGUGCUACUGGAAUAUAUGACAUCAUUACUUGACGGUGAAUUCGAGCGAGUUCAUUCAAUUUGCGAAUAUUUUGUUUUGGAUAAAAAGCUUGAAAAGUGUGUUAGAAAUCUGUGAGCUGGCUUCAAGGAUAGUUGAUGAAUCAUUUUAAGGAGUGCUUUCAUACCAAACAAAUACUUUGUUGAGGAUAAAUCAAGAAUAUUUUCUUGUGUGUUGUUACAUUGAUUAUCAACAAGUUCAAGUGAAAGUUUUAUCUGCAAGCACAAGGUUUGGAAUCAGACGGAUAAAAAAAAGGUUUGGAUUAGUGAUUUUGCAAAGUAAAAGUAGACAAAUUGCUAUGUUUGUUGUGCCACGUGGAUUCGAAUGAAAUAAUACGAUGUAUUUUGUUACCGAUUAACUUCGCGAUGUUGUUUUCAAUUCACGUUAUUACACAGAGAGAAUCGAACAAGGGGCAUAACUAUGAUGACUCAAAUUUCACCGGAGCCACGACCUUUGACACGUACAAAUGUGACACGGCAUGAUAAAAUCUGGGAAAAGGAAGAUCCUUGUAAUUUUUUCGGUUUUAAUACAAAAGACUCGGCCUUUUCACCUCCGCUAAAACACAUUACGCCAGAUACAGCCAAGGAAUUGUGGGAAAAUUUUGAUCCGUUGGAUGUGUUAGAUUCUGGAAGUGAUUCGUCGUGUGAUACUAUGAUAAUGAUGAACACUGCGGAAGAACUUCGUAACGAAGAAAGUAUUCAACGCAGCAAUCAAACAUACGAACAAUGCAAAAUACAGCAUGAGAAUAGUUAUAAUUACGGACUGAAAAAUCUCGGACCUUCCGAAGAAGAUGAUGUAACUAUUGACGAGGGUUACGGAACCGAUAAUAGGACAAACACAUCCACGUCACUUUCAUCUCCGUUAUCGUCUAGUUUAUCAUCGCUUUCCACUUUAGAAAGCACCUCAAGCCAAGGCAGCAUCAAUAGACUUAACCCACAAAUGUCCCGAACUCAGCAAAAUACCUCCAGUGGACGACCAGCACCAAAUACCCGUCCCAUAAUGCCAGUUAGAAGAGUGACUAAGCCAGUAGACAAUCACGAUACUUCCGGUCAGUCGCUCGAGGAACGCUUACGUGCGUUGACCACAAUCGAGGAAGAAGAACCGAGUGGUUCUGAUCAAGAGAGACCUGGUCGGUCCAGAAGAUCUUCGGAAAGUAUUCAAAAUCGUGGGAAUUAUUACGAAAAUCAGGAUGUUCGUAACGCAAACCGUCCUGUCGAGAACACUUACCAAAAUCGUGGGAGUUAUUAUGAAAAUGAAGACAUUCGCAACGCAAAUUAUCCGAGCGAAACCCGUCACGAUUCCUACAACCGAGGAUCGUUAAAGAACAGUGGACAGUCUGUUAACUCAGAUCAACAUGGUAUAUUUCAUGCGGUGCCCGUACAAGUAGGUUCGCAAAAUAGAAAAAUACCUGAAGAGAGUGACUACAUCACCCCGACUUCUCCGACAUCUCGUCAAGAAUGGAUCAAUCGCGUAGAGAAGAUGGGAUACGUGCCUCAUUCUGACGUCAAGUAUUACGAUACGUUGUGGAAUGAUAAAAACAUUCAAAUGGGAAUGUCGGAUAAGUUUGGUGACGGCAAACGAAUUCCCAGUUUAGACAAUGACAUCGAUAAUGAUCUAAUUAUUAAACAAAAACAGCGUCCAGACAAUCAUAUGGUGUCAAUGCCGGAUUUACGUUUCGAUAGACAAUCACACCCGGCUGCUAUUUAUUCGAAAGACAGUGCUGUAAAGUUAAGACCUAAACCUCCUGCGAAACGCGAUCGCUAUUCAUGGGGUUAUGGUAGUAUCGCGCAACCAGUAGAAUUAGCCAAUCAUAUGAAUCCAUCUGACAGAUUAUCAGAUCGUGGAACAGAAUCGCCACGAUUACAGGAUCAGCUGCGCGCAAUGUCCGAACUUUCAUUAGGCAUAAAGAAACCAUUAUACGCCUCAUCAGCAGAUAUUUAUAAAUUAUUUCAGGGCCAGGGUCAAGGUCAGUACGGGUUACCUCAAGGUCGUAAUGCAUCACAUCGUCAUAGUUUCCAUGCCAUGCCGUCAUCACAAACAUGGCUACAACCUCCCUCUCAGUCGUCAGAGGAAGUGAAAAUGAGGCUUCGUUCAGCCUCGACAUCAAGUAAAGUGCCAAGUGCCCCUCCUAAACCCAUGCGCGUAAAUUACGGACAAUUAAACCAGAGUGUAACAUAUCAAAGGGCAGAUAACUCUGUACAUGAACCGCCAUCUUUAGUGAAUGGUGGUCGAAGUGUUAAUGAUAAUCCAGCAUUGAAAAGUAAACUGUCAACGUUAGUUUAAAAUGACAUCAUCUCUUUGAUUUGGAUAUAAAGUAAAUUAUUGCAAAAACAUGUGUAUAGGCCUAAACACACUGACACUUUCUGCCCCCUAGAAUCCAGAAAAAAUUAAUAUUCCCUUCCCUAUACAACACACAGGUAAAAUUCACUGUUAGUCAUCACGUAAACACCUGAAUCACCACUAUAUUGGAACAGCAAUAUUUCCUUGGGAACUGACUUGGGUACAGAAGUGUGAGUUGUAAAUGGGUUUUUAUGUCAUCAGUUUAAACAUACAUUAUGCAAGAGCUAAAUCUGCCUAUUGCAGGUCUUUCUUUUGGGCUGAAAUGGUAUAUAAACUAUUAAUUAGACAUUGAUUAACAAAACAAGACCAUAAUUAACUCUCUAGAGCAUAUGAUGGCCGAGAUUUAAAUGGAUUUAAACAUCCUCAAAAUUGAAAAAUUUAACAAUAAAAUGGUUGUCAAGUACCAUUGUUAUGAUAAUAAACAAUCAAUGCUAUAUCUUUAAACAGUUAUAACUUCACUUGGAAUAAAGUAAUUUGAAUGAAAUUUUCCAUAUAUAUCAUGUUCUAUUAUCUAUUUUUGAACUAUUAUAGCAAGAAUGGCCAGCUCUUUAUCUAAAUCUUACACAAUGUAUCUUUUGAACUAUUAUAGCAAGAACGUAAUUAGCUCUUUAUCUAAAUCUUAUGUAGUGUAUCUUUAAUGAAAUUUGAUAUUUGAUUUGUUUUGUGAAGUGAGUGGCUGUCUAAAUGUGAAAUAUUUGGGUAUAAAUAUUUAUUUUGUUUUGUAAAGUGGGUAUAUAUAUAUUUACAGUUUAUUUUUAGAUUCACAGACGUGUAGCCAAUGUUGAGAUAUAAACUCUGUUCAACAAUCAACAAAUUUAAGCCAAAACCGAAAUAAAAUCUUAAACUUGCAAAAAAUAAAAUUGAAAAAUGUUAAGCACCUCUUUGUCUUACGAAGUUUGGCGUUGAAACCCUGAUAAUAUAACCUUGGAAUAACAAAUCUUAUUUACAAGACUACAUCUUUGACAAUAAGAAAACGUAUAAAGUUUAUCUUGUUUGGAAAUUUUCAUCAUGAUUCUGAAAUAAAUCUCAAGAUGCUGUAUUUGAGCUAAAAAAAGAGUAACAAUAAUUAUAUAGAGGUGCAGUGUCAAAAUGUUAUUUUGUGUCCAGAGAUAACAUAAUUUAUUAGGAGUGGGUAUUUUAUCAGGAUCAAUGCUAAAGACAAAUGUUUUUUUUAUAAUUAACCGGCAUCUAGUAACUGAAUGAGACUAACACAAUUAUAAAUGUCUCUAAAAUAAACUUUUAAGUAACUUGUCUUCCAUAUAAUUGUGCUGUGUUACGAGGAGCAAAUCUAGAGGGGGUGUUUGGGAUGGGCAGUCAAAGCGCGAGAUAAUGAUAUAGGCAAUUGUGGUAUCAAAAUUAAGGCUUUUUUGCAUCAAUGAAAUUGAAUCAUUGGUGUAUAUUUAGAUUUUAUCCAAUCACAAAAUGACAGAUUCAAGAUUAAACCAAUUCAAUAUUCUAUUUUAAAUUGAACCAAUUUAUUUUGAAUUUAAAUGAAAGAGGUUUAAUUAACUAUUUUAAAAUGAAAGAGUAAUUCAGUAAAUAUUUAGCCUAUAUUUGUUUUUAUUUGCCUGGCUUGUUUUGUUAGUGGAAAGUUUGUGUAUAGAUAGAAUUGUACAGAGGUGUUUAGAGGAAGAAAACUUUUAACGUGUGAAUAAAAAGAACGUAUUAUAUUUUGUUGAAGGAAAUAUUACGGUUUGGACUAUUUGUUCUUCCAGAUCUAUAUAAAUAAAUAACCACUUGAAUCAUGUGACAGAUGUUUUAUUUAAAAUUUUGAAAUGUCAAAAUUUAAAACUAAAAGUUUUUGACCAGUGCAACCAAGUACUUUUGGUUUUUCAAUUAGUCUGAAGAACUUACCAGAAAUUUUAACAUUGCAAACAACAGAAUAUUAAAUUGGUCUGGUCUUAAUUCCAUUCUCUGUUUCCUGGGGAUGUUGUCAUUUAAUUUGUUUAUGUAAUUCAUCCAUCGUAUUGGUGAGUCUGAUUUAAGACACAGAUCUAAAUUGGUGAUUUGGUAGGCCUUACUCUUGGUAGACUUCUCUUCUGUUUAAUAUAACACUACGCAGAUAAUACAUAAGAUAAACAGAAUACUUCAAAAUAUCAACAGUCGAUCAUUUUACAUAAUCAACAGAAACUUUGUAAUUUAAAUUCCUUGUAUCAUAUUUAUAUGAAUUCAUGUGUGGAUAUCAUUUUGUAAGUAGAAACAUUUACAUAUAUAAAAAAUCUAGGGGUUUUAUAUAGUUUAGUAUGUUUUAUUCUUCUGUAGAUCUAUUCUAGAAAAUGUGAAGAAUGGGUCAGUGAAUAUAUAAAGGGGGACAACUCCAUUUAGUGACCUCAAAAUUAGUUCCCGGCUAAUCAUGAUGUUCAGCAAAUUUAAAAUUUCUUGACUAAUAAUUUUUGGGGUUCAGAUUUAAUAAAAUAAACAUUACUGCUUAUUGAGAUAUAAUUAGUUACCAUGGUAUUUAGUAAUUAUAUUGGAAAUACCCAGGACAACAUUUCCAAGGAAUACAAGUACUGUUUAUUACUGAGAGAACAUUUUAACUUGGAUUGAGAGAGAGAGAGAGAGAGAGAGAGAGAGGGGGGGGGGGGUUAAGCCCACUUGAUACAAACUAGGGUCAUUUUAGGACUAACAUAUAGUUAAAUUUCAUAUCAUUUUUUCUCAUUCACAAAGGAUUCUUUAGUUGUUUCUCCUUUGUGUAGGAGUCUAUAGCAGUGGGAGGAAACCUGGAGAAAUCCCACGAGGUUAGACAGGUCACCCUUCUCCUUGUCAUGUACAAGUUGGGAAUCAAAACCACGACACUUGACUCUGACCGACACUUGACUCUGACCGUGUGAUCUAAAUAGACCCUCAUUAAUAAAACAGUAUUUGUAUUCAAUAGAACUGUAUCUGGUGUAUUAUUACAAUUAGACAUUAAAAUACAGAUGUGACGUCACCCUUUGAUGUUGGCGUACCAUUAUUUCAAAUAAUCGUACGGGCAACUUGCCAAUCGUACCUUGUCAAAUAUUAGACUCGAGUGACGUAUUUCACUGUAAACGCACGUGCGGAGUGUCUGUAUUUUAAGAUGUUUAAUGGUCUCGAGCUGAGACAUUGCGUAAUAUAUUGUAAAAACACUCGGACCUGACGGUCCUCUUGUUGUUACAAUAUAUUACUUAAUGUCUCGCUCUCGACCAUUAAACAAUACUUAAUGUUUAUUAUUAUUGAUAUUGGGAGUUUUAAUUUUAUAUUUUCAGUUUAAGGGCAGGGAGUUACUAUCAUCAUUUUGAAAAUGAAUUAAUAUUUUACCAUACUGCACCCAUACUUGCAUAAAAUCAAAUCAAAAAGCAACAAAUUUUCAGUGACACAAACUUCUCUCCAUAAUUAUAUUUGUUGAUUUAUUUGUUAUUUUGGCUGUUCGGAUUUCCAUAUUUUUACUUUCAGAUUCUCACUGAAUUUUUUUUUUAUUUUAAACAUAUAAUAUUUAUUAUGAAUUUGUACAUUUAAUUAUUUCAUGUGUUUUUAGUAAACCAAUAUUUAUAAAAAUUCUGAAAUAAAUCUUAUAAUAAUAAAA